CCGGCGAUCCGAGCAGACGCAUCAAGUAUUAAACCUGGGAUAAAACCGAUUCGAAUUCGAAAAGAAAUUCUAAAAUGUCCUAUUAAAUAGAUCGUGUUGAGAUCUAUUAUGAAAGUCAGUGCAAGUCAGGCUUUUUAACAUUAAAGUAACAGUGAAUAUUGCAACCAUAAGUUUAAAAACAAAAACCCGAUUCAGUGACCCUUAGUGAUCGUUGUUAGCAUCAAAGUAUUAUGUUUUCGCUGCUGCUGCACCAUCCGCUCGUCUGCCGCUGCUGUCUGCUGGAGCAGCCGCCGCUCUACCACAGUCUCCAUGACGCCUCCAGCCGCCUGGCCGAGGAACUGAAGGCUCUGGCACCCGCCCUGCUCCUGGAUCCCGGCGACAACCUCACCGACGUGAUCUGCGAACUCUGCCUGCGCCGCCUGCACGACGCCCGCGACUUCCAGCUGCGAUGCGAGCAGUCCGAGCAGGUGCUCCGCUCCCGGCACGAGCAGUGGAAGCACACGGUGGCCGUGGGCGAUGCCCUGGGCCUGGACGACGUGCUCGAGUGCCUGGAGCGGGAGGUGGGCAGCCUGGAGGGACCAGUGUCCAUGCCCCAGCAGUCCAGCAAGCCGGUGGCCUAUGUGGCGCCACUGAUGGAGACCGUGGAUUUCGACAACUUGGACUUCCAGGAGAGCCCGGCCAGUGAGUUUGAGACUCCUGCCUACUGGGCAUCGUCUGUGGAUUCGGGUAGCCUUAACACCCCGCUCCACCGGCCGGAGACCCCAGUGCCCUUUGAAAUCGCUCAGCCGAUGCUACCGACGCCCCUAGAAAGCGCUGAGGAACCAGCCCCAGCACCAGCCCCGAAACCUAUGGGAAAGCCCAAAAGGCGGAGGACCAAGCCCAAGCCGCGGACAGAUGGCCAGAAACCCAAGGCAGCUGGUACCCCGCGAUCCCUGCAUCCGUGUGGCGAAUGCGAGAAGAAGUUCACCCGCAACUUCCAACUGAAGCUGCACAUGAUUGCGGUGCAUGGAAUGGGUGAGAUGCGAUACCAGUGCGAGGAUUGUGGCAAGAACUUCGCCUCGCGACACAGCCUGCGGUACCACGUGAAGUCGGUGCACUCCACCGAGCGUCCCUUCGGCUGUCAGCACUGCGAACGGCGUUUCGUCCUGCGCACUCAGCUCCUGUCCCACCUGCGCACCCACACAGGUGAGGCCAAGCCGCGCAUCUUCGAGUGCCAGCGCUGCUCGAAAAGUUGGCCCACCAAGUCGGACCUGCGCACCCACAUGCGAUCGCACAACCCCAACAUGGAGCGACCCUUCAAGUGCGACACCUGCUCGAAGGCCUUCUUCACCCGUGGCCAUUUGAACUCCCACCUGCUGGUGCACACGGGGGAAAAGCCAUUCGCCUGCGAGUACUGCGACAAGUGCUACCAGAGUGUGGGCAACCUCAACAACCACAUGGUGCGCCAGCAUGCAGAGAUCAUCGAGGCCCAGCUGGAGACCGUGGCCAUCGAGAGCUGAGGGUCCCCGGACAGGAUAGCGCGUCCCGAGGAGAGGCUGCAUCAAGUAUUAGGAGCGUGGCAGAGGCAUAACACCCAGUCGGACGCAAAUGAAGAUUUGAAAAUACUACACUGAUAACUGAAUUAAUAUUAAAUAUUGAUCUUACGAUAAUAACACAAAUAACAGCUUUUUCGGCAAGAUUCAAAAAGAUUAUAUACCCGCAAUUUGCAUUGUGGAAUUUUUAAAUUUAGUAUUAAAUUUAAUCAAAUCAUUUAUUUGAACAACAAUAAAAAUAAUGGUACAUUAAUAAAA